AAUGAACUUUACAAAAGAGAACCCAAUGAGUAAAUAGGAAGAAUAAACUAUAGAAAAAAUAGUUUACUAUUAUACAGAAGAUAAUGCUGAAAAAAUAAAAAUUUAAAUUAAAUUCACUUCAGGUCAUUAAAUCACCUAUUCAGACAAUAGAGGAAUCUUGAGAGUGUAAGUUUAUUUAUAAAAUUAAGAGUAAAAGUGAAUGGUGUUAUUGAGAAUCCAGAAGUAUUUAAUAAUAUGAAUCAAAUCGAAUAUCUUUAUUGGAAAAGUUAGUAUGAUUAGAACAAAAAAAAUAUUUGCAAAUGGAUUGUUUCUUGGGAUUAAAGAGUUUUAAAGAAUGUUGGGGGAUACUAAAGGAUAGGGAAAAAACAAGGAUUAUGGGUAGAUCUAUUCAGAAACUUUUGGAAGUAAGUUUUUAAUAUUUAAUAUUUUAAAUAGUUAAGAACGAGUUUUUGAAAUUGGAGAAUAUUGUGAUGGCUUAAGAAUGGGAAAAUGGAAUUUUUUCAAAGAUGGUUUAAAGAUGUAAAUAAUAAUUAAUUAAUUAGUGGUGGUGGGUUUUACAAUAUUGUUGGUGAAAAGUAAGGGAAAUGGAUUGAAUUAGAUAAAGGGUUUUAUUUUAGAAAAUAAGUCAAGUAUAAUGGAGAAUAUGAUAAGAAUGGUAAAAAAGUAGGCAAAUGGGAUAUUUUGUUUCAACAAAAUGUUGAUUCAUUUAAAUUAAUGUAAAUAUUAUAUAUUUUUAAAGGAAAUAGUGGUGGCGGAAUAUAUAAUCAAGAAGGAAAUCAAUAAAAGAUUGGAAAAUGGAUAGAAUUAUAUGAUAGAUUUAAUAGUUAUGCUUAGAUUACUUAUAAAGGUUAAUAUAAUAUGAAUGGUAUGAAGGUAGGUAGAUGGGAGUGUAUGUUUAAUAUACCCAAUAAGCAGGAAUAAAAAUAAAUGUAAAUAUGAUAUAAUUAAGGAAUAAUAUAUCUAAUUGUUUAGUGGUGGCGGAGUUUAUGAUUAAGAAGGAGGGCAGAGAAAGAUUGGAAAAUGGACAGAGCUGGUUGAAGACUUUAAAGUAACUUAUAAUGGGGAAUAUAAUAUGAAUGGCAUGAAGGUAGGCAGAUGGGAUAUUAUGUAAUAUGAUUGGGAAAGAUAAAAAUAUGAAAUAAUGUAUAUAUCUAAAUAUAAGUAUAAGGAAUAUAGUGGUGGUGGGUCGUAUGAUUAAAAAGGAAAUUAAAUAAAGAUUGGAAAUUGGGUAGAAUUUCAUAAUGAGAAAUAAGUCCUUUAUAAUGGUGAAUAUAAUAUGAAUGGUAUGAAAAUAGGUAGAUGGGAUAUUAAGUAAUGGUUUUGGAGAACAUAAAAAUAUAUACAAAUGUAAAUAUUAGAUUAAAUAAGAAAUAUAGUGGUGGUGGAUCAUACGAUCAAGAAGGAAAUUCGAUAAAGAUUGGAAAUUGGGUAGAACUAGAUGAAGAUUUUGAUUGCAAGAAAUAAAUAAUAUCUCAUGGUGAAUAUAAUAUGAAUGGUCUGAAGGUAGGUAGAUGGGUUAUUAUGUAUUGUAAAGAAAAUGAGCACUAAUAUAGAUAAAUGUAAUUAUGAAAUAGGUCUAGAAAUUUAGUGGUGGUGGUUCAUAUGAUCAAGAAGGAAAGUAGAUAAAGAUUGGAAACUGGAUAGAGAAGGAUGAAAACUGUUAAGUAGUUUAUAAAGGUGUAUAUAAUUUGAAUGGUCUAAAGGUAGGUAGUUGGGAGAUUAUGUAUUGUGAAUACAAUGAACUGGAAUAUAAAUAAAUGUAAAUAUGAUAUUAGAAAAAAGAAUAUAUAGAGGUGGGGGAUCAUAUGAUCAAGAAGGAAAUUAGAUAAAGAUUGGAAAUUGGAUAGAUUUGGAUGAAUGGUUUUCUCCAUUGAAAUAAUUCAUUUUUAAAGGUUAAUACAAUAUAUCUGGUGUAAAGGUAGGUCGGUGGGAUAUUAUGUAAAACAAAUGUGGAUAAUAAGAAUAUCAAUAAAUGUAAAUAAUUCAUCAGUUAAUUUAAUAUAGUGGUGGUGGAUCAUAUGAUUUAGAAGGAGUUUAGAAAAAGAUUGGUAAAUGGAUAGAACUGUAUCGAGGGUAUUUUAGGUAAAAAUAAGUAACUUUUCAUGGAGACUAUAAUAUGAAUGGUAUGAAAGUAGGGCGAUGGAUAGAAAUCAAUAUUUGGGAUAAUAGCAAACGAGCACAUAUUUAGUAUGAUUAUUGAAAAGAAGAGAAAAUAUGAUAUAUCUGGAU